UUGCAGAUAUAUUUGCUUUAUUUACAGUGUGUUGCUGACCUGCUUAUCUGUCCUUGCCAUUUGUCAGAAUACACACCCUUAGACAGCACAAUUUUCCUUCUGGAGAUUCAUGUAUGUGACGUGGCUGUGAAGAGUAACUGUUGAAGAGGAACCCAUUGCAUCGUAUUUCAAGGCUUCCCUUUGGAGAUCCCUGGUGCUCUGAUAUAUUCUCCUUUCAGCUGAUUUAGAUUAAAUCAUGCAGAUCUUUGUGAAAACUCUGACUGGCAAAACCAUCACCCUUGAGGUUGAGGCUAGUGAUACUAUUGAGAACGUGAAGGCCAAAAUCCAGGACAAAGAAGGCAUUCCACCUGACCAGCAGAGGUUGAUCUUUGCCGGCAAGCAGCUAGAAGAUGGACGAACCCUGUCUGACUACAACAUUCAGAAAGAAUCUACCCUUCACCUGGUGCUGAGACUCCGGGGUGGCAUGCAGAUCUUUGUGAAAACCCUUACUGGCAAAACCAUAACACUAGAGGUUGAGACCAGUGACACCAUUGAAAAUGUAAAGGCCAAAAUUCAAGAUAAGGAAGGCAUUCCACCUGAUCAACAGAGGCUGAUCUUUGCGGGAAAGCAGCUGGAAGAUGGCCGCACCCUUUCUGAUUACAACAUCCAGAAGGAGUCAACUCUCCACCUGGUCCUGAGACUCCGGGGUGGCAUGCAGAUCUUUGUUAAAACCCUGACUGGCAAAACCAUCACCCUUGAAGUUGAAACUAGCGACACCAUUGAGAAUGUGAAGGCUAAAAUCCAGGACAAAGAAGGUAUUCCACCGGACCAGCAGAGACUGAUCUUUGCGGGCAAGCAGCUGGAGGAUGGACGCACCUUGUCCGACUACAACAUCCAGAAGGAGUCCACUCUGCACCUGGUCUUGAGACUCAGGGGUGGCCAUUAAAAAUGUCUGUUGAUGAGCUUUUUCAUGAUUUAGUUUCAAUAUAUAGUGCCAAGAGUAAUUCCUGUCCUUAAUGCUAGACAGUUGUCUUAAGUAAAUAUUUGACUGGUUAUAAUAAAAGCUUUGCAUUUGAGUCAUUAAUAUUUGUUUUUUGGUAUUGGUGGUAUCAGCUAGAUACACUGCUUCAAGCCCAUCAUAAUGGGCUUCAUUUAAGAAUAUUGUCUGAAAGAGGAUAAGAUACUUAUUGAUUUCUUCAACCUGUAUUAUGUCAUGCUUUUUCUCCUCCCCAAAUCAGUUUUAAUAUUUUUUUGGCUAUUGCUCUUUUGUUUGUUACUUACAGUGGUCCGGGGCACUGGAGGAGGUUUCCAAUUCCAUGGGCAUUGUUGCCACACAUAAUGUCAUGUGUGCCAUACUGUGGAUCUCGUAUCAUUGGAUAAUCUCUCUGUAGUUCCAGGAAAGUCAUUCACCUUAAACCAUCCAUCUAUUCAUUUUCUAAUCCCGUUUUUCCAGAGCUGGGGAAGAUGGAGAACAUCCCGGCAACCAGAGAGGGACAAGGCAGGAGCAGUGCUUGGAACAGGGUGGCAGCCUGUCACAAGGGAACACAUUCAGACAUGCACACACACAACGGGGGGCCAAUUUUGUAUCGUCAGUCCACUUAACCUUUUUGUCUUUGUGGACUGUGGCAUGAAACCAGAGGGCAUGGGGAAUAAACAUGGCAACUCCACACAUGAAGCACCCUUCCUUUGUUGUGAACUUUAAAUUAAACCUCUGGUAUCAUAAAUGAGGGACUUUGUUUGUAGGCAAAUGAUUUCUCAUGU